UCGCGGAGUCGUUCUCCCUUCCGAGCCUCCAAAAACCCCCCACCGACGAACUCUCUCGCCAUUCCUUCCUCCGAUCACGCAGAGAAGGAAAGAGGAAGAAGCAUCAAUGGCGUCGCCGUCGCUGGACGAAGAAACAGCCAAGAAAGUUCAUCGCCAGGUGGAGUUCUAUUUCAGCGACAGUAAUCUUCCGAGGGACAAUUUCCUCAAGAAGUCGAUCGGCGAGAGCGAAGAUGGGCUGGUCAGUUUAGCGUUGAUUUGCUCGUUCACGCGGAUGAGGAGCCAUCUGGGAUUGGAGACCCUCAAGCCUGAAGAGAUACCGGAGGAAACGGUGAAGGCAGUGGCUGAUGUCCUUCGGAAGUCUGAAUUUCUUAAACUUUCUGAAGAUGGGAAGAGAGUUGGUAGGAUUACUGAAUUGAAAGCUGAAGAGGUGAUUGAGCAAGUAGAUACAAGAACCAUUGCUGCAUCACCGCUAGAGUAUAAUGUAAAGCUGGAAAAUGUGGAAUCCUUUUUCACUCAAUUUGCGAAGGUUAAUAGUGUGAGGCUACCUCGCCAUGUUGCAGACAAAAGGGUAUUUUGUGGCACAGCUUUGGUUGAAUUUUCAGCCCAGGAAGAUGCUGAGAGGGUUUUGAAUGAGAGUGUAGUUUAUGCAGGAGUUGAAUUAGAGCUAAAACCAAAGAAGGAUUUUGAUGCUGAAAGAGCAAAAAUGAUGGAAGAGUUUGAGAAUGCUCCUCCCAUGAGUUCAGACAACAAGAAUAAUUCUGAUCCACAGCUGAACUACCCAAAAGGCUUACUUGUUGCAUUCACAUUGAAGCGCAUUGGAGAUGGAGGUUCUACUGAGGAAAAUGGCACUCGUGAGCCAGCAGCAAGUGAAAACACAGAAGGGUUAAAUGUUGACGGGUCUAAAGAUUCUUCAGAGAAGAUCAAUACUGAAGCUGAUCAGGCAGCAUCAGAACAUGUCAAUGAUGAUGCUGGGCUGCAGAAAGAUACAACAGAAGGUGCAAAUAAUGGUCUAGAGAGUAGCGAAAAGGAGCAUGAAAGUGGAGAGCAGUCUGCUGAAGGUGCCUCACAUAAGGAUGGAGAGAAGGAGAGAUCUUCCACUACCUAUAAGAAGGACAUGAAUGUGGUAAUGCGUGAGGAUCUGAAGAAUGUCUUUGGGAAGUUUGGCACUGUUAAGUUUGUUGACUUCAAGAUGGGAGAUGAAUCGGGUCACAUAAGGUUUGAAGAACCUGAAGCAGCCCAAAAAGCUCGUGCUGCAGCAGUUCUUGCUGAAGAAGGGGGUCUUUUGGUUAAAAACUAUGUUGCCACGUUGGAACCUGUUACAGGUGAGGCAGAAAAGGAAUACUGGGGCCUGCUUCGUGGUGGCCAGGAUAGAUUUCGGGAUACUAGGGGUGGACGAGGAAGAGGAGGAAAACAUUUUAGAGGUGGGAAGCACCCUCGCUCGAGGGGGAAUGACUCUGGCUUUGGUCGUGCAAACAAAUCUCAGAAGGUAGGCCGAUGAAAGUCGAAGGCCCAAACUUCUUAAUCAAUUUUGGGACAGGUUUUGUAGAAUUGGUCGGAUCCGCCCGGCAAUCUGUCUUCUUUUGUUGCCGAGUUAGUCUUGCCGAGCACCGUACGAGAAUGUCCGUAUUUGUUGUACUCUUUUUACCGAAGGAAUCAGAGUUAUUAAGCUUUUAUUAUGCUUAUCUUUGAGGUGAUCAGAGCUUUUACAGUCUUUGGCU